GUAAGUGACAGAAAACAACAGAGACGAUAAAGGGGCAGUUUCAUGACUGAACUGCAGCCAUGGUGAGAGUAGACCAGCUGUAGGAGACGUGGGAACCAAUGUGAGUUUCUCAUCACCUCUGCAUCUGACGGAAGGAUUGGGCUUGUGGAGAAAAGGAAGAAAACUGCUGGAUAGACAGACUCAAGCGGUGCACAUCAAGAAGAUAAACUACAUCAAUGAAGACACCUGGCAUGGCGGUAUUCAAGCAACAGAAUGUGGAUGAUUUCUAUGAAAUUGGAGAGGAACUAGGAAGUGGGCAGUUUGCAAUAGUCAAGCGCUGCACAGAGAAGAGCACAGGCACUGAAUACGCUGCCAAGUUCAUCAAAAAGCGCCAGAGUCGGGCCAGCAGACGAGGUGUGAGAAGAGAGGAGAUUGAGAGGGAAGUGAGCAUCCUGCAGGAGAUCCAGCACCCAAACAUCGUAUCACUGCACGAUGUGUACGAGAACCGCACGGACGUGGUGCUCAUCCUCGAACUGGUCUCUGGAGGUGAACUGUUUGAUUUCUUGGCUCAGAAGGAGUCUCUCAGUGAAGAGGAGGCCACUCAGUUUAUCAAACAAGUCCUAGAUGGAGUCCAGUACCUCCACUCCAAGAGGAUCGCGCAUUUUGAUCUAAAGCCUGAAAAUAUAAUGCUGCUGGACAGGAACGUUCCUCUGCCCCGCAUCAAACUCAUAGACUUUGGACUGGCACACAAAAUAGAAGCCGGGGCAGAUUUCAAAAAUAUUUUUGGCACACCUGAAUUUGUUGCUCCAGAGAUAGUCAACUAUGAGCCGCUGGGAUUGGAGGCAGACAUGUGGAGCAUUGGAGUCAUCACAUAUAUACUCUUGAGCGGUGCGUCACCUUUCCUCGGUGACACGAAGCAGGAAACCCUGGGAAAUAUCUCUGCGAUGAACUACGAGUUCGACGAGGAGCUCUUCAGCAACACGAGCGAGUUGGCCAAGAGCUUCAUCCGACAACUCCUGGAGAAGGACACGAGGAAACGAAUGACCAUACAAGACACCCUCAACCAUCCUUGGAUUAAGUCCUGUGGUCACAUAGAGGAAGACAGCGCCACCCCUGAGGCUGAGAAGAAAGUGGAGCAGCUGAAGACCAAGCGUCUGAAGGAGUACACUAUUCAGUUGCAUUCCAGCAUGCCCCAGAACAACACAUACGCCAACUUUGAGCGUUUUGCCCAUGUGGUGGAAGACAUUAGCCUGAUGGAGACAGGGUUGUCAGAGGUGGCAGGAGCCCACCACAGUCUCCAAAGUGACAUAGAAGCACUACUCUCCAUCUACAACGACAAGGAGACCUGGUACAAGGAGGAGAGCGAGACUGCAAGGAAGCAGCUUUCCCAGGUCCACUACGAGUUUCGUAAAAUCGAGGCCACCAGGAGGCUCCUGCAGGAGGACAUGAAGGCUGUGGAUGCUAGUAUGGAGAGCAUCAGCGGGAAGUACAGCCAGAGGCAAAACCAACUGGACACUUUGAGGCGGGAGCUGAACUCUGAAAUGCAGUGGCUGCAGGAAGUGAUGAGCUCUCUGCAUCCAGAAGGAGCCAACAGCAGCAGUCUGAACAUGGACGUGAAGCAGGCACUGAAGGAGCUGCUGCAUCAGUCCUGUGGAGGGGAACUGUGCCCCGAGGCCAAACAGCCAUUCACAGAGUCUGGCUAACACGCACAGACGAAGACACACUUUUAUGAAAGUUGAAGAUCUUAACAUGUUUGAAAACAAAACUGUUUGAAUUCAGCGCAUUGAUUUUUUUUCCCAGCAGCACAAACUUUUGAAUGUAUUGCUAUUGAAUGUAUUGCUCUGUAGUUCUUACAUUUACUUUAUUUCUAGAUUUUUUUUUCUUGUGUAAACAAGAAAAAAAUGUUCUUGUGUUCUGUAAACAAUACUUUUAAGUUAAAGGGAUGGUAUGUCAAAAUCUGGGGAAAUAUGCUUAUUUGCUUUGUUGCCAAGAAUUAGAUGAGAGGAGUGAUGUCCUGUAAAUAUGAAGCUACAGGAAGAGGGGAGGUUAGCAGCUAGUCUGAAGCUGUACGGCUGUAAAAUAUAUAUAUAUAUAUAUAUAUAUCUGCCUAUCAGCAACUCUAAAGCUCACUAAUUCACACAUUACAUAAUUGUUCGUCUAAGUAUUGUGACUUCCAAAAUUCAGCCUUAAGUCGGAUGAGAAGUAGAAAACGGGCCCUGUCUAUUUGUUUGACGCGCUAUGAUCCAAAACACGCUGAGUUCGGGUUGAUCUUCAUAGGUUUUCUUUAUAUAGAGAAAACAUAUGGUACAACAGCGGCUUUCAUAUUACACGUGCAAGUUAGAUGGAGCCGUGUAAACAGUAUUAAGCAUGUGCAAACGAUCUGAAUGAAACGAGCAUGUGAGCCUGCCUGCACGCGGUCAACAAAAACAAUGGCUACCCAUCUCCCCUUUCUCCUCCCACCUGAGCGCAGGUGAGUGAGUGCCACCCCUUUGUGACCUCCGCCUGUCAUCGACUAUGCCCAUGUGACCCACACUUUGUUCAUCACCGUGGCAACCACAAAAAAACCAAUCGACAACCAACUAUCACCCAAAAGGAUAACAUGGCUCCUACACUAAGCGUUGCACAAACUGAAGCAUAAAUCAGCAAGUUGUGGUUUAACGGGAAAAGUCCGCCCAGGACUUUCUUGCCGUGACUGAUGAUAACGCUAAAAUGUCAACUUGUCAUCUUCACACUUACAGUUUUUAUUUAGAGUAAACAACUGAUACAAAACAUGUAGCCUACCCGCUGUUACCAUUUGGACAGAGUCAGGCUAGCUGUUAGCUCAGCAACCACCAUUUGGUGGUGGUUAGCUUUGCUGCAGCUUCAUAUUUAACAGAUAUGAGAGGUAUUGAUCUUAACUCUCGGCAAGACAGCAAAUGAGCGCAUUUCACAAAAUGUCGAACUAUUCCUUUAAGUGGCAUACUGUAAUUGUGGCACAGUAUUAGUAAUUAUUCUAAGCAGGUUUGGUGGCUUUUUUUAUUUCGAGAUAAUGAAGAAGAAUAUUGUCAUGAAUGUUUUUAUUGUGUCCUGGUCAGAUAAAGACACAGGAUCAAAGAACAAUUAUUUUCAAUGGAAUGUAUCAGAAGUUCACAUUUUAUGAUUGAUUUAUUUUUUUCAUUACAGUCUAUUUUUUUAGACUGUAUAUUGAAGUUUUGUUGUCCUCCUUUUUUUUUUUUUUUACCAUGGCUAUCCAUUUGUAUUGUAACUUUUGUAGUCAUAAAUGAUUUUUUUCCAUAUUAUUUUUAUAGAUUCAAACAUGCACUUUUAAUGAAGAUUGAAUUAAUUUAUUUGUUUUAAAAACCUUUUUAAAAACCUUUUUUUAUUUCUUUCUUGGAGAUAUCCUUUGAGCUGACAGGGGUAAAAAAAAAAAAAAAAACACCCACAUUUAUGAUAAGAUUUUGUGUGUUUAACGGUGUGUCACCUUUUUAUCAGUGUUUUUUUUCAGCAUCUCAACAGAUAUGCUCACACUUUUUGGCCUCGCCUUGGAUGUGCACACUGAGAUUUUUAACUGUUGUCAGCACCACUGAAAUAAAUGCUCAUUAUUUAUUAUAUAUCCCAUUUCCAAACUGUUGUGAUUUAUCUGCCAUUAUUUCCUGUUGUAAUUGUGAUUCUAUUGAGAAAACCAGCAUUCUGUUUAUGAAUUUUACUGAACAUUUGAGAUUAACAUGAAAGGUGCGUUCUCUGCCAUUUCGUCCC